GUUCUCAUUUGCGUUCGUCAGUUAUUGAUAUCGCUCCUGUCAAACUGCACGAAUUUUAUAAACUUCAUGUCAUUGCAAACACUUCAAGUCUGUAUCGCCUGUAUCGCUUUUCUAUGACAGUACAUCUUCGUGAUACAUUGUGUGAUGCUCCAUGGAAAAUUCGUGCGAAAUAGCGGCGACGGUACGCGCGAAUCGUGAGCGAAGGACCGCCUCUAAGGAUGCCCGUGAUAUGACGAUAUGCGAAUUAUCCUUUUCAUCGUAUUUUACAUUGCGACUUAUGUGGCAAGAAUCGCGAUUGGUGGCGAUAUUGCCAAAACGAUGUCAGGAAAUAGCAUGAAAUACAUCUUCAAACCGAAAAAUGGAGCAACGCGAAAUAGAGUAUCUGAAAUACUUAACAAUGAUGAUAUAAUCCAGACAAUAAAUAAACGCAACAGGCAAUCAUUACAAGAGAAUCGAAUCGGCUUUCCGCAAAGUAGAAAAAUUUUAAACAGCAACUUAAAACGAAUCAAGCGAAGUCUGCGAAAAAGAAAGAAACAUGCGAAAAAUUCGAACGAUAUCAAUGAGGACGGUAUCUCGAAUGUGGAGAGAUUUCCGAUUUGGCGAGUCCCAGAGUCAAUGGUUGCCACUAUUAAUUUGGAUUCUACGACAAAUCCGUCGAUCGUAGAAACAGAGAUGAUUACUCGAUCGUUGGACGCAAUUGCGAGAUCGCAAUUAGAGAACUUGGACUAUGAUCGCUCCGCGAAUGAAACUAAUUCGCGGGGAUUACUUGAUUUAAAUGCUUCUAACAAAAAUCUAAUACUUUCCAAAAUCGCAAAUCCGAAAUCCGAAAUUAAGAUCGACGUACGAACUCCUACUUUUGAAGGACUGGAUAACAAAAUGUUGCCUCCGGCGUAUCAUCCUGAAAUACUCGCUGACGUGGACUUGCUGAGCUCCAGUCGUCCUCGAGGAUUUCAGUGGCGAUACAGACAUCAGAGGGAUUCUACAAAUUCACACAAUGUUAAAGAAUUAUUCAAUGACCGUCCGAUAGGUUCUAACAAAAGAUUUUUAUUAGUACCGGUAUCUAAGGAUUUGUACGUUUUGAAGAAUAUCCGAGAGAGUCCUCGGACAGCCGUAGAUGGAAUAAUUGUACCUAAGCGAUAUAAACUGUUGGAAAGAGAUAAGGACAGCGCAACAUCCGCCAUUCUCUCGUUCAAGGCGCACAUGCACCACGAUGUGAAAGACGUAGGUAGAGCAUACAUUCAAAGAGGUAAUCAUCGUUUAUUUGAUCACAACGCGAAUUAUUUGUAUCCCACCCUCGAUCCUCGUGUCUCCGAAGAAAGUGCGAAUCCCGUAGAAAAUCCAGUGCCGCCGUCCUAUCCUGACUUCUUGUAUCCGGGUAUUGCUUUACAGACUGAUCCGAAUUUAAUCGACGCUACUCCUGAGAUUUCCGAACCAGUUAUCUCCCCCGUUUCGGAUUACGAGAAUAUUUCCUUCGCGGAAGUUAUUAACUCACGUGGCGGUAUCAAUUCUUACGAUUCGUCACCUUCUUCCCUCGAUAUUUUAAAUUAUAAUGUGUGUUCGAAGGAAAAUGCGAAUGUCGGUCAAUCGAGUAUCUUGUCUACGACAAAAUUAAAUAAUGAAAUAAAUCAACAAGACAGCGGAAAUUAUGGUAAUUCUUUAGGAUACAGCGAGUUUGGUGUCGAAUUGACAACUGCAGAUUUCCGAGAUACUUUAGUACUUAAUGACAAUAUAAACACGUCGGCCGCUUUGGAAAAUGUUGAAAUGUACUUAACUAAUAACGAUAAAGAAGUAUUUGAUAUGUCACGAAGUCGAGAGGACGAUUCUAAAUUUUUGACAGGAAGCAACGAAGAUAAAUUUACAAUAGACUUUAUAGAUGACAUUUCGACGCAAUAUAGCCCUGCCUUUGACGCGUCUGCAAACGAAGAUAAUAUUUUCUUUCCAAACAUUACUUACGCCUUCGUUAAUAAUGCCAUUUUAAAAAGCGAAGAUGUAGAUAAAGAUAACAGAGAAUACGGAAUCUCGAUUUCAGAAAUCGAAUAUAGCAAUAAAAAGUCAACACAUUCCAUCGAUUUUAAUUACGAUAAUAGAGCUAUCGAUGAGGCAUCGUUUAGUAAUUAUACUACCGAAAUAGAUUCGUUCCUUAAUGCAGAAGAUUACGUGACAUCUGUGCCGUUAAUUCUAAAUACUGAUAAAUGGUCAUUGAAAAAGGCGAAAUCUACUGUAGAAAAUUCGAACGCUUUAUUAAUGGCAAUUAAACCAUUGUCGUCGGAGCUGCAAAAGUUGCUAAGCGCAAUUCAGGUAGUCAACCAAAGCAUCAGUGAUGUGCAAAACAGAUUGUGCGAUAAAAAAAACGACGUCGUCGAGCGAGAGAGUAAAGACACAAAAGCCACAAAUAUUGCGAAACUAAUUGACAGAGAAGAUCAUUACGAUUCUGAUCUCUCCACAAAAAGUUUUGAUAGUCAGUCUUUGGACAGGAGACGUAUUAAAGCCAAAAAUAAAAAUGUUCCAGAACGCGUAAAAAUUAGAAAAAAAACUGACGGUUUCUUUUUGAAUAAAUUGACGACGCCGUUUCGUAAACGCGAAAGCAAUUCAGAGGUACGGAGUGGUCGCAGAAACUUUAUCAAAAAGAGAAAAUUAAUUGACGGAAAGUUUCUCAAAUCAGGCAACGUUAAGGGACGCAGAUUGCCUCAUUCGAGAUUUAACAGGAAUUUAAAGUCACUGACGAAAAAUUACGAGACGCGAGUGAAGCCCUUCCGACAGCUUACCGAUUCCGAAUCGAAAAGAAUGAAACGCACAACGAGGCCAAUUAUAAAAUUGUUGCGUUUGAGUGAUAGUGACGUACCGAGCGAAAAUCGAUAA